AUGCCUCGCAACAGCUACGGUGACUCUCUGGUCAACGAGUUGCGUACAGAAACGCUGACGGGCCGAGCUUUCGCCUGGAUGAUCCGCGCGUCUCUGCUGCGCCGGAGGGGGUUUGAUGACCUACAUGCUUGUGCUGAUCCUGGAGCACCUGAACACGGAUACAAGACACCCAGUGCAGGUGUUUUCUUUGAAAGUGUGGUAGUCCGGUUUCAUUGCCAAGAAGGAUACAGGCUUAAUGGUACUUCAAAAAAACUUUGUGUGAGACACUUUAAUGGCUCCCUGAGCUGGAAACCAAGUGAUAAACCUGUGUGCCUACAAGAAGUCACAGAUUGCCUCGUUCCACGCGUUGAAGGUGCAGAGAUUCACGACAAGAUGUACAGGGCUGGCGAUAAGCUAAUAACCAGCUAUCACGAAGGCUUCCAGAUCCGUUACCCUGACUUAGACAACCUGGGUUCAGUAUGUCGAGAUGAUGGGACGUGGGAUGAUCUGCCCAUCUGCCAAGUGUGCCCCCGGCCACCGGCGGUGAGUCACGGAGACUACGUCUGCCACCCGCGGCCCUGCGAGCGCUACAACCACGGCACCGUGGUGGAGUUUUACUGCGACCCCGGCUACACCCUCACCAACGACUACAAAUACAUCACCUGCCAGUACGGAGAGUGGUUCCCCUCCUACCGAGUGUACUGUGUCAAAACAGAGCAAACCUGGCCCAACACGCAGGAGACCCUCCUGACCACGUGGAAAAUAGUGGCAUUUACUGCUACCAGCGUUUUAUUAGUACUUCUACUGGUUAUUUUAGCCAGGAUGUUCCAGACCAAAUUUAAGACUCAUUUCCUCCCAAGAGGCCACCAGGAGGGCUCCACGAGCGACCCUAACUUUGUGGUGGUGGAUGGCAUUCCUGUCAUGCUGCCUUCCUACGACGAAGCCGUGAGCAGUGGCUUGAACGCUCUGGCUCCUGGAUACUCUGCUGCAACAACAGACCAGGGGCACCUUUCACGGGCAGAAGAUCAGAAUCCGCCAGCUUAUCCCGGCCCCAGGGACGCAGACCCGCUGCCCAGUGAAUUGGAGACCUGUGAGAGUAUAUCGGGCUCCUCUGAACUCCUCCAAAGUUUAUACUCGCCCCCAGCAUGCCAGGCGGGCGUGCUUCCGGCUGCGGACAGGACGGACGAGUCCCGCAGCGCCGCCGGGGAGGCUGCGUCCACGAGUCCGCGGGUCGAUAUCGCCGAUGAAAUUCCACUGAUGGAAGAAGAGCCUUAGCCUGCACAGAGAGGUGACACCAUCACUUUGCCCCCUUGGGUGAAACGAAUCAGG